UGAAGAUGGCGGUGCAAGAAACAGCUGCUCAACUCUCUAUGGCUCUAAAGGUCCAAGAAUAUCCAACUUUGAAGGUACCCUAUGAGACCUUGAAUAAACGCUUCCGAGCAGCCCAGAAAAACAUAGACCGGGAGACUAGUCACGUUACUAUGGUGGUUGCAGAGCUGGAGAAGACACUUAGCAGCUUUCCUGUGGUGGAUUCAGUUGUUUCCCUCCUUGAUGGGGUGGUUGAAAAGCUUAGUGCCCUCAAGAGAAAGGCCGCGGAGUCCAUCCAGGCAGAAGAUGAGAGUGCAAAGCUAUGCAAGCGUCGCAUAGAGCACCUUAAGGAGCACAGCAGCGACCAGCCAGCAGGAGUCAACCUGUGGAAGAAGAAGCGUAUGGACCGCAUGAUGGUGGAGCACCUGCUGCGCUGUGGCUACUAUAACACUGCAGUCAAACUGGCUCGACAAAGUGGAAUCGAGGAUUUGGUAAAUAUUGAGAUGUUCCUUACUGCAAAAGAGGUUGAGGAGUCUCUUGAACGUCAGGAAACAUCCACCUGUCUGGCCUGGUGCCAUGACAACAAGUCUCGCCUGCGUAAAAUGAAAAGCUGUUUGGAAUUCAGUUUGAGGAUUCAGGAGUUUAUUGAACUUAUUCGCCAGAACAAACGCAUGGAUGCUGUACGACAUGCAAGGAAGCACUUCAGCCAGGCAGAGGGAGGCCAGCUGGAUGAGGUGCGACAGGUCAUGGGAAUGCUGGCCUUCCCCUCUGACACUCACAUUUCACCUUAUAAGGACCUUCUGGAUCCAGCUCGUUGGAAAAUGCUCAUCCAGCAGUUCAGAUACGACAACUACAGAUUACACCAGCUUGGGAACAACUCAGUAUUCACGAUCACUCUCCAGGCAGGCCUGUCUGCCAUCAAAACUCCGCAGUGUUACAAAGAGGACGGGACCUCCAAAAAUCCUGACUGUCCUGUAUGCAGUAAGUCACUGAACAAGCUGGCUCAGCCUCUACCCAUGGCCCACUGUGCAAACUCGCGCCUGGUGUGCAAAAUCUCUGGUGAGGUCAUGAAUGAAAACAACCCACCCAUGAUGCUGCCUAAUGGCUAUGUGUAUGGAUACAAUUCUCUCUUAUCCAUACGCCAAGAUGACAAGGUAGUGUGUCCCAGAACCAAAGAAGUCUUCAACUUUUCCCAGGCUGAAAAAGUCUACAUUAUGUGAUGGGACAUCUAUGGAGUAUUCUGCAGGAUAUUUAGUUAUGACAUCAACCUAGGCUGGGUGGAUCCACAGUAAAUCCACAAGUCUGAGGGCUUCAGCCCCAAGCCCCUGUUCCAUGACUGAAUUCAAUCAACGACAUGCCCUCACCCCUUUCUGACCUGCUAAAACCUUCAAUGGGAGGGAGGGUUGGAAAUGCAGUGGGGUGGAUUUUGGGAUGGAUUGAUGAAAAAGACUUUUUGUUUUUAAAAGCAUUGAUAUUUUGACAUUUAUUUAACUGGAUUCCUUACAGUAGUGCCGUGUAAACAGUGCUCCAUAUUAUAUCAUAAGCAAGAGCUUCUGAUUUAAUCUGUAGUGAGUAGAACUACCCAAGUAUACAUUAUCGGUGUUGAACGGGGUAUCCUUUUCAUGAAGCACAUUUUUGAAAUAACUUGUGAGUAGGUCUGGAUGAGGAAAAAAAAAAACAAAUAAACACCUUUUAAGUCUUA